CCACAACUGAAGACGAGGGAAUAGCGACAAGUGAACCAGCCCAAGUACGGAAAGCAUCGACUGGAGAGAACCCUUCUGAAUCAGAGUUUCCAUUCAUUCAGUCAUGGGAAGGUUUUGUUAAACCCGCGGUGAGAGAUAUGUUGGAUGAAAAGCCCACAACUGGAAGUGAAACACGACUAAAAAUGAGGGAAGUGCAAAAAGUGAACGAGCCCGAGGACUGAGAACACCAACUGGACAAAACCCUUCAAACACAGACAUUCCAUUGAUUCAGUCAGGAGAAAGUUUGCCUCAAUGACUGCAAUCACUGAGCUUUUGUCAAAUUGGGAUGAUUAUCAACUGUUUCAGUUGUCAGAAUUUUACCGAGAGAGAUUAGAACAGGCGAUUGAAGAAGAGGUGGAAGGAGUCAGUUUCAUGCUCACUUACAAGGGCCAUAUCAAUGAGCAAGAACAUCAGGAAGUCGUUAAGAUCAGGGAGAAAGGAAAUCGGGUGGACAGUUCAAAACUCCUCCUCAGAAUUCUGAUAGCGAAGCACCCUUGCGCCCACAGGCUGAUAUGGAAAUCAUUCCUGAAAAUGCAUCGCAUUUUACCAAAAUUAGUGCCACUGCUGAAGGAAAUGCAAGAACUCGUUUCUGUUCCCACUGAAUUUUUGAAAAUCAUGGAAGGUCUGGGUGAACUUCCUGCAGAACUGAAAGAUAUUCAACAGAAACACAAGGAAAUGUUGCGGAUGCAAACUGAAACACUGAGAGUGAACACAAUUGUAAAGGGGGAGAAGGUGAAGAUUUUUCAGCUGCUUGAUCGCUAUGCUGAGCUCACAGUCAUUUCCACGGUUCGAGAUCGAAGACUGGUGGAACAUGAGCUGCUGGCAAGAGGCCGAAAACAUGAGGAGUUCAGACAGGAACUUCUCAAGGGAGAUUUAAAAAAAAUUAGGACUGAUCAAUUGUUCGAGAGCAGUUUAUCACUCUCCAAAUCAGAGAGUUCGGCAGCGGUAGUUGGAGUCCCGGGGAUCGGGAAAACAACAAUGGUACAAAAGAUUGUUUAUGACUGGACCACAGGGAAACUAUAUCAACAAUUCCAGUUUGUCUUCAGUUUCAAAUUCCGGGAUUUAAACUCCAUUACAGGCAAAAUAAACCUGAGGGAACUGAUUCUGGAUCUGUAUCCUCACUUUGGGAAUACCCUGAGAGAGGUCUGGAAGAAACCAGAGAGACUGCUAUUUAUAUUUGAUGGUUUGGAUGAGUUCAAAGACACAAUCAAUUUUGCUGACAGUCGGAGAGACACAGAACGCAAGCACCAGUGUCCAGAUCCCGAGUGGUGGUGUGAAGUGUCUGACAUUGUGUACAGUUUAAUUCAGCACAAGCUGCUCCCAGGGUGUUCAGUGCUGGUGACCAGCCGACCCACUGCGUUACAUUCAUUGGAAAAGGCGGAGAUCGGUAUCUGGGCGGAAAUCCUGGGAUUUGUUGGUAAGGAACGGAAGGAAUAUUUUAUCAGGUAUUUUAAAGAUCCGACAGUGGCGGCAGCUGUUUUCAAGCACAUGGAGGAGAACGAGAUCCUGUACACCAUGAGCUACAACCCCUCCUACUGCUGGAUCCUCGCUCUGGCACUGGGCCCCUUCUUCACACAAAGAGUCAGGGACCUGCAGCGUGUUCCCAAGACGAUCACGCAGCUGUAUUCCUACUAUAUUUACCACAUCCUGAAAAACCACGGCCGUGAGAUUGACAGCCCCCGUGAUGUGUUACUCAGGGUUGGUCAGAUGGCCUUCAGAGGAGUGUCCGAAAAGAAGAUUGUAUUUACAGAUGGAGAUUUGAUCAACUACAAUCUGCAGUCUUCCCAGUUCCUGUCCGGGUUCCUCAUGGAACUUUUGGCGAAAGAGGAUUCUGGGCGGAGCGUGGUGUACACAUUCCCACACCUCACCAUCCAAGAGUUUGUAGCUGCACUCUCACAAUUCCUGAAUCCACAACCCAGAAAUAUCCUGAAAUUCCUCACUGAAGUCCGCAGUACGACUGACGGGAGAUUUGAGGUAUUUCUCCGUUUUGUUGCCGGUCUCUCCUCCCCAAUGACAACUUGGCGGCUUGCGGAGAUUCUGGGUCCAUUUCCUCAAGAAAUGGUCUAUGGAGUUAUUGACUGGGUGAAGGAAGAGGUGAAACGCCAGACUGGGAACGCAUCAAGUGCAGUUGCUAAAAGGACACUACUAAACACAUUGCACUACCUGUUUGAGUCUCAAAAUCAUGCACUGGCUCAGGCCACACUCGGGUCUGUGGAAAAACUUUCAUUCAGUGGACUGCGACUGACGCCAAUUGACUGCGCUGCCCUGUCUCAUGUCAUUGGGCUUUGCAAUGCAAUAAAACAUCUCAAUCUGGAGCAAUGCUACAUUCAGUGUGAGGGACUCCAGCGGCUGGGACCAGCGCUACACAAAUGCCUGGAUUUGAGAUUGGGUUCCAAUGAAGUGGGAGAUUCAGGAGUGAAAUUAGUGUCUGCGGCUCUGAGAAACCCGGAAUGUAAAAUACAGAGACUAUGGAUAGACAGAAACGGUCUCACAGAUUCUUGCGCAGGGUAUCUUGCCUCCGCUCUCAGUACAAACCGAUCACUAACGGAAUUAUACUUGCGUGGAAAUAACCUGGGAGAUUCAGGAAUGAAAUUGAUGUCUCUGGCUCUGAGGGACCCAGAGUGUAAAAUACAGAGACUGUGGUUGGGAGAAAACAGUCUCACAGAAUCUUGUGCCACAGGUCUCGGCGAUGCUCUCAGUAAAAAUGUCUCACUGACGAUGUUGGAACUUGGUCGCAAUGAACUUCGGGAUUUGGGAGUAAAACUGGUGUCUGCAUCUCUGAGCAGCCCACACUGCAAAUUAAAGCAACUGUGGCUGAGGGAUGUCAGUCUUACAGAUUAUUGCAUUGAGGAUCUUGUCUCUGCUCUCAUGACCAACCUCUCAUUGAACGAUCUGGACCUGGGUUCGAAUUCCCUCACAGACAGAUCUGUCCCCGCCCUUCAGAGACUGAUACUUGAGCACCCAAAUCUGCAGCAGUUCGGGCUGAGGAACAAUCCAUUCAGUUCAGAUGGAGAGAAUCAGUUGAAAUCACUGCAGGGCAGCAGACCCGGACUGCAUAUGGACCUAUAAUCACAUCAGUAUAUGAAAGGAUGGGAAUGUUUUGCCCAAUUAUUAUAUUUGCAGAUAGCACAGAAUAGGUCAAGUUUUGGAAAACGUGGUAGAUUCUCAAAGGCCAAAGCAGAUAUAUAUUAUUUGGAAAUUUGAGAGGGCAAAACUGUAUAGGUAUCAACAUUAGUGGCACUCGGGUGCUGACCCAAGUGUAUACUCAGACUGUUGAUCACUGAUGCUAGUGACAGUAUGUUUUGAUUUACAUGCGACCUGUACAGCUAAUGUAUAACAAUA